AGCAGGAAGCGCCUCACUAUUUAGCCUCCGCUAACGCUAAUCUGAGCUCUGAACUGUUUUAUACAGUUUGUGGUUUUGAAGUGAAAUAGUAUUGCGACAGUCUAUGGUUGAAAAAAAAAAUGCUGAAUGAUGGAGAUUUCACAACUCUACGAAACCGAUUUAAGAAAGAUGCAGAGUUUCUCUUGCAAGCGGCGUCAGCUGCAGAAGAUGAGAAAAGUCAGGAUGAAAAGGAUGGGAAACCACUACCUCGCAUUAACAAACACUCCAUUUUCUGGAUUCUGGCAUCUAUAGUUGUGACCUACUAUACAGAUUUUCUCAGUGUCAUCAUGAAAAGCGAUGAUGUCAAAAGCUGGUGGUUCAACAUCGGCCUGAUACUCCUUGGGAUCUGCUUGUCUCUGGCAAUGUUUUGUAUUGUGUACCUGGAAUGGUUCAAAGGCCUCCAGCACUAUGACCAAGAGUACCCUGCCAUUCCUCCCAUCACCACUGCAGCCUUCAUUGCUGCAUCAUGCAGCUUCAACAUUGCACUCUGGCCAGUGUGGUCCUUCUUCACUCCACUCAUUCUCUUCACACAGUUCAUGGGCGUUGUCAUGUUCAUCUCAAUGCUUGGAUGAGCACAAAAGAUGGGACUGAGUCCUUUUUUUCUCUUUUUUCAAAGAUUUUGAAAAAAUCUUCUUUUAUGACGGUUCACUCAGAAUUUAUUUUUAAUAAAAGGAAUUAACAUUUUAUGUAUUGUAUUUUACUUAAGUUCUUGAAAGGAUGCACCGGAAUGUGGACCAAGCUCCUUACCUGUGAUGUCAAUCAAUCUCCACGGAUGAAGUAAACCUUUUCUUUAUGUCUGCACUAAUCCUUUCAAAGUUUUCUAUCAUUAUUUAUUUGAAACUCUGGAUUGACCAGAUUUUCCACAACAUUGUUUGUCUGCUCGGGCAACCUGCACUAUCUCUAGAUGAUGAUGCUCAGAUGAUUGUUUCAGUUAGUAAACCAAUCGUGUGCAGCCGACAGUAACACCCCCAAAUGUAAACAUGCAAAGUGGCUGAUAAAGCAGUUUUCCACAGAAAAUGUCAUUCAUCUGUUUGUAUGAAUUAUUAAAAUGUAAUAUCACCAUAUAAGAUGUUUUUGGAGCUUGUAAAUAUGAAGUCCAGAGUUAACUUUGUGGACUGACAGCAAAUAUGUGCCGUGGUGUCAUCAAGUGCUGUUUUGCUUCAUUUGAACAGUUAUUAGCCACAGCUGAGGAACCUUUGACCAAGACACUGAAAUCCAUCCAAAUAAUCUGAAUUUCAAUUGAACUGGAGUACAAAUAGCCAUCACUCUCUACUUUUAUUAGUGUGUAUCUAAAUAGCUGUUAAUGGAGUGUAUUGAUAUCUUCAGGUUGUUUAAAUCCAGAGAGCACUUUUCUGUGUGUGUAAUAACGUGCUGGCUAAUAAAUUCUUUUUUAAA